GAACUGGCACGUCAGACAGCACUGGGCUGGGAAGGGGCUUUGUUGGGAGCUAACCAUCCUGGACCCUGUUACCUGGAAACAUCGUCCAGUUCAGGGAGUGAGGGCCUGUGUUGUAGGCCACAUUCUCCACUCUGUCUGCUGGCCACACCCUGGGAUUCGUGAGAUCCACCAUCAUGUGGCUUCAUUCUGACCAUGGUUGAUGGCUAUGGCCCAGGGCCCCCAUACCCGCCCCCCCCCUUUUUUUUUAAGUUUUAUUUAUCUGAGAGGUAGAGUUACAGACAUAGUGGGAGAGACAGAUAGGUCUUUGAUGUGGUCCACUCCCUGAGUGGCUGCAGCGCCUGGAUCUGGGCCAAGCUGAAGCCAGGAGCUUCCCUGGUCUCCCAUGCGGGUGCAGGGGCCCAAGCACCUGGGCCAUCUGCUGCUGCUUUGCCAGGCUGUAGCAGAGCGCUGGAUCAGAAGCGAAGCAGCCAGGAUACAAACUGGCACCUGUAUAGGAUGCCAGCGCCACAGGUGGAGGCUUAGCCUACUAUGCCACAGCGCUGGCCCAGGCCUUCCAAGCCAGGGUUCAUCAGGAGGUUUUCGGUGGGUUGAGCCCAUGCCCAGUGUGUCAUCUCCACCUCCACCAUCCGGUGCGGGUCAGGCUUUGGCGUUCAUUCUGGCAGGACUGGCCCAGGCUGCGCGGCAGGCUGUUGGACAGGUUCCGUGGCUGCCUGGGUCCUGGAGGGAGUGGCCCCAGGUUAGGUACCCUCCCCUAGGGAGGGACACUAAACAUACCCAAGCCAGUCAGGCCAGAGAGGUCAGAACUGGCAGGGACAGGCCACCAGCCAGAGGGAAGGAGGUGUCGCAGGUAGGACGGGUCCCUGCGUGCUGCCUGGGGUCUGUGCUGUGCGGGAGCCCCUGGCCCUUACGGGUCUGUGGCCUCUGCUGCUGGGUACCUGUCCUGUGGCUCAGGCCACUCUAGACUCACCUGGAGUCGCAGAAGGGGCUUCCGCGGGCUGCUCACAGGGGCUGUGGAGUGGCUCAGUUCUUCCCUGGGUGGGGACGAUCUCCCAUCAGCGGCUCCUCUGCUCUCCUCACCGUGUCGUCUCUGCCCCUGUGGAUGUAGCUGCCCUGUUUGGACGACCGUGCUCUGUUCUGGGGGAAUCCGCUCCUCCCUGGAGUCCUUGCUGGCCUCCCAGACUGCCCUCCAGGCUUCUGCCGCCUCAGCCCCCACCGGACCACUCCUCAAAGGCCUAGUCUGAAUGCCUUGUCCUCGACUGCCUUGGCUCCGCCGCCCCCAGGCCCCUCAGGGAUCCGACCCCAGCUCCCCAGGCUCGCUGUCCGCACCUCGCUCUGUGAGCGGAGGCCAGGACGAGGACGAGGAGGAAGGGGACAGCGGCCCUGGCUCCAGCCCCAUCCUGCCCCCGGCGUCCCCCGUGGAGUGUCUCAUCUGUGUGUCGCCCUUCGACGGCGUGUUCAAGCUGCCCAAGCGCCUGGACUGCGGCCACGUCUUCUGCCUCGAGUGCCUGGCUCGCCUGUCGCUGGCCACAGCAGGCGGGGGCGACGCGGUGGCCUGCCCCGUGUGCCGCGCUCCCACCCGGCUGGCUCCACGCCGCGGGCUGCCCUCCCUGCCCACGCAGCCGGGCCUGCUGCCCCGCGACGCGCGCACACCGCUGCCGCGCCAGGGCUCGGUGCGCUUCGACCGCCGCCGCGGGCUGCUCUACCUGCGGCCGCCGCCGCCGCUGCCGGGGUCGCGCAAGGCCCGCGCCGCGCGUGUGCCGCCGCCGCCGCCGCCGCUGCGCCUCGGCCGUCCGCUGUCGCGCCGCCUGUCGCUGAGCAGCCCGGCCUGGGCCUUCAACGCAGCCGUGGCGCUGGCCGUGCUGGUGGCCGCCGGCCUGGUGGUCUCCGGCGUCUACAUCUUCUUCCUCAUCCCGCACGCCUCCUCCUCGGGCCCCGCGCGGCCCCAGCUUGUGGAGCUCGCCCCGGCGCCUGCCUUCUGGUUCCCACCGCGGACCACGCCGGAGGCGCCCUGGACCCCCGGCUGGACGUCCGGCUCCACAGGCGCUGCCCUGGACUCCACCCUGGGGGAUGUGGAGGCCUCCCAGGAGGCUGGGGAGGGCCUGGAGGACCCCACAGAUCCAGAGGGACCGAUGGACAGGUCAUCUGACCUCGUGGGGGCAGCGCAGUAAAUGUGUUGGUGCUGCAGGCCCUGCCUCUGGGCCCAGAGACCUGCGUGCCUUCUUGGGGAGCUUAGCAGGUGCCUGGCAGUCACCCAUUUCCCAGACCGGGGCCUGGUGGAGCACAGGAUCCCUGGCGGCGUCACCACGGACAAGAACCCUCUCAAGGAGUAACUGCCACAGUCUCCGAUCUCCAUACAGGGGUCCAACCGGAGGACCCUCUGACCGACUCCCGUGGCCAUCAGCUGAGGGAACCCUGAUGGCGGUCCCGGUUUUCCAGCUUUUAGAGGUGCAUUUCUUGGCUCAUGGCUUCUUCAAGACCAUCAGCGGGGCCAGUGCUAUGGCGUGGCAGGGUAAGCUGCUGCCUGAGUGCCAGCAUCCCACAUGGGCACUGGUUUGGAUCCUGGCUGCUCCACUUCCGAUCCAGCUCUCUGCUAUGGCCUGGGAAAGCUGUACAAGAUGGCCCAAGUCCUUGGGCCCCUGCACUCAUGUGGGAGACCCAGAAGAAACUCCUGGCUCCUGGCUUCAGAUCGGCGCAGCUCUGGACGUUGUGGCCAAUUGGGGAGUGAACCAGCGGAUAGAAAACCUCCCUCUCUGCUCUCCUCUCUUUCAAAUAAAUAAAUAAAUCUUAAAA